AUGGUUGUGGACCGGGUUGAUAUUUCGUCGAACACUAAUGGGGCGAGACAUUAUUCGGGACCGGGUUGAUAGGAUUGUGUUUGACGGCUCCAGUCGAACAUGUUGUGUGCACUAAUAGAUGAAACAAUUACUGAUACGGCGAGUUGGGAUCUGCUGCUUUCUGUCGGGUUGGAGGGGAGGAGAUGGAGACGAGAGCGAAGAGAGCCAAAGCCACCGAAACGGCGACGAAGCCGAGAAAAGAUGCCUCCAAGAAACCGAAGGCGAAAGCCAAGAGGAAGCCCUCCUCUUCUGCUAAGAACGACCACCGCGACAAGCCCAAGAAGCCGCCCACUGCUUUCUUCUACUAUCUGGAAGAUUUUCGCAAGACCUUCCAACAAGAAAACCCAAAUGUCAAAUCAAUGCGAGAUAUUGGUAAGGCAUGUGGGGAGAAGUGGAAAACAAUGUCAUUUGAGGAAAAGGUUGCAUACUAUGAUAUAGCCACAGAAAAAAGAGCUGAGUUUGAGAAGGCUAUGGCAGCAUACAUUAAGAGAAUGGAAAGUGGUGAGUUUUCUGAAGGAUCUGAUGAUUACGAAUGACUUGGCUGGAUGGAAAGCAGAUCAUUGGCUGUAAAUUCUAUUUGUAUCUGUUAAUUAGGCUUUGGAAACUUAAUCUGUCUCUUCCAUCAUAUUUAAUCUUCGAACUAGUGCAUAUCCGAACCCUGAACUAUCAAUUAGAAACAUCUCAAAUUUCUAGCAACUCCAGAAGUGAAUUGGAUUUGGUUUGAAUGAAA